AUGUCAUUCACAACGAAGGAGAAAGCAAAGAUGAAACCUUUUAUCUCAGAGGAUGUUGCUGAAGCUGUGAUCAAACCAUCUGCUUCCCGGAGAAAAAAACCUCGCGGCUUCUGCUCCUUUCUCUCCCUGGCCGGCACCUUCGGCGUCUCCGUUUUCAAAUGGUGGUCCGGUGGAGUCUCCGACGUUUCUGCGGCUGAGUCUGCGGCUGCGGCUGCGUCUGUUCAUUUAGUUGUUGUUCGUUUUGUAGACGCAGCCGCAGACGCAGACUCAGCCGCAGCCGCUGAUUGGUGUUCGUUUCAUAGACGCAAGUGA